AUGAACCGCCAACAAGCCGCCGAAAAAGCCCUCCACGACCAAACCAACAUCCUCCCCAAGCGCCAACUCCUCGUGGUCUUCGCCGGCCUCGCCAUCUCGCUGCUCAUCGCCUUCGUCGACCAAAAUGGCAUCAGCGUCACCCUCCCCACCGUAGCCGCUGACCUCAACGCUGAAAACACCAUCUCCUGGGCCGGCACUUCGUCCCUCAUCGCCAACACCAUGUUCACCGUGCUUUACGGCCGCUUGUCCGACAUCUUCGGCCGCAAGAUCGUCUACCUGAGCGCGCUGGCGCUGCUCAGUCUUGCGGAUCUGCUAUGCGGACUGUCCGUUAACGCGCCCAUGUUCUACUUCUUCCGUGGGCUGGCUGGUGUCGCAGGUGGGGGCAUCACCUCGCUGACGAUGAUCAUCGUGUCCGAUAUCGUGACGCUCGAGCAGCGGGGUAAGUACCAGGGGAUUUUGGGCGCCGCGCUGGGCCUGGGAAACGUGAUCGGGGCGUUCGUCGCCGCAGCAUUCACGAUGAGAUCUACCUGGCGCGGGUUCUUCUGGCUGAUUUCGCCACUGUCGGCUUGCUGCGUGGCUGUGGGGUACUUUCUCAUCCCGAAUAACCACCGCAAGGAUGGGUUCCGUGAGAGCGUGCGUCGCAUUGACGGGUAUGGCAUCGUCGCCUCGUCAAUCGGUAUCAUCUUCCUGUUGAUUCCUAUCUCCGGGGGCGGGUCGUACUUUGACUGGGACUCGCCGAUGGUGAUCUCUAUGCUUGUGAUCGGGGGACUGUCUUUGGUUGCGUUUGUAGUUAUUGAGUGGAAGGUGGCUGUGCUGCCGAUGCUUCCUGUGGUAUUCUUCAAAAACAAAGUCUUAUGCGCCCUGUUCCUACAGAGCUUCCUCCUCGGCGCAGUCUUUCAGUCCUACCUCUACUACCUCCCGCUAUACUACCAGAACGCGCGAGGAUGGUCUCCCAUCGUCUCCGCCGCACUGAUCUCCCCAAUGGUAGGCUGUCAGUCAAUCGCAUCCAUCAGCUCAGGCCAGUACAUCUCGCGAACAAAGCGCUACGGCGAGGUAAUCUGGCUCGGCUUCGGCCUGUGGACACUAGCCGCAGGCCUCACCCUCCUCUUCAACCUCCACACCCACCCAGCCGUAAUAGCCGUCAUAGUCGGCAUAGCCGGCGUAGGCAUAGGCGGCACGCUGCAACCAACAAUGGUCGCCUUCCAAGCGCACUGCACCAAGGCUCACCGCGCAGUCGUCAUCUCGGACCGGAACUUCUUCCGCUGUCUGGGCGGCGCGUGCGGGCUCGCUGUAUCAGCUGCACUGUUGCAGGCGACGCUGCGGGCGAAUCUGCCCGAGGGGUAUAAGCAUCUUGCGCGAUCGUCGUAUUCGACGCCGGAGCGGGCGCAGAUAUCGGAUGCGGACUGGGUAGGCAUUCUGGAUGCCUUUGCGAAGGCGUCGCGGAGGCUGGAGAGGCCCAAGGAUGCGUUUGAGAUUGAGGAGGAGAGGAGGGCGAGGGAGGGGGAUGAGGGGGUGAAGGCGCGAGUGGAUGUAGAACUCGGGGUCAAUGAACCUAAGCGUGCGAUUCAGGGGGAUCAGAAGACUUCAUGA